AUGGACGGGGUUUACUCGGAGAAGUCCGAUGUAUUUAGCUUCGGAAUCAUGAUUCUUGAGAUCAUAAGUGGAAAGAAGAACACUUCUUUCUACGAUUCGGAUCGUCACCUAAACUUAAUAGGACAUGUCUGGGAUCUAUGGACAGAAGGAAGAAUUUCAGAAAUCACAGAUUCUUGUUUGGAUGAAACGGUCUCAACAAGGGAAGCACUAAAAUAUGUUCACGUUGGUUUAUUGUGUGUGCAAGAAAAGGCAGGAGAUAGACCAACAAUGUCGGACGUGGUAUCCAUGCUCCUCAAGGAAUCAAUGGUUCUUGCCUCUCCUAAGCGACCGGCUUUUGCUGAAAUUAUGACUCUUAACAAUACCAAGUUACCUCAAAAUCCAGAAUUUGGUUCUUUGAACGAGGUCACAAUUUCAGAUGUGCAGGGUAGAUGA